AUGAUAUGUUGCAGCCGGAACGGCACGUCACAUAAGGACGGAAAACGCCUUGAGAAACCAGAAUGGACGAAGGAAGUUGGGUACAAGAGGAAGUACCAAUUUCGCGAGAAGAGGAAUUAUCAAGUCUCGCAACAAGGGAUUUUCCUAGCUAUUAUUAAUCAGUACUUUGAAAUAGAUCUGCUGAACCCAAUCAAGCGAUCGAAUGUCGCGACUCAAAUUCUUCGGAUCGACACAUUGAAAAGAGGAGAAGACAUCAUUCAUUUCAAUUCAUUCUUGGAAGAACGGUGCCAAACACUUUUCAAGAACGAUAUUGCUAAUGGAGUCUCGACAAAGACAGCAAUGAGAAGAUUAGAAACAAAUAAGGUCGCCGAGGGUUUACAUUUACUUAUAGACAUUCUCUUGGAACUUGGAUACUUCUUCACUUCGAAAGUAUCAAAAGGAGUUAACGGUUUCCAAAGAAUUGAAACAGUCAAAAUCAUUCACACGAAGAACAGAACAUUCAACAGGAAAAUGAUCGAAGAAAUCGGACAAGAGGCAAACGCUUUCUUAUUCAAAGAGUUAUCAACAGAAGGCAGAAGUCAAAUAUGUGUAAAGAAUCAAGAACUCCAGGGCUUGCUCUGUGAAUGA